AUGGUUAGAAAACCAGAUGAAAAGCUGGCAGGCUAUUUAGCUGCAGAAGGUAUUGAGUGGAAAUUUAUUCCACCAAGAUCCCCACACUUUGGCGGUCUUUGGGAGGCAGCUAUAAAAUCAUUUAAAUACCAUCUAAAAAGAGUUGUUAAGGGAAUAAACUUAACUUAUGAAGAGUUCUUAACGGUAAUUGUGCAAAUUGAGGGAAUUUUGAAUUCUCGACCAUUUUGCCCCUUGUCAGCUAACGAGGACGAUUUUGAGGUUCUUACUCCUGCACAUUUUUUAAUAAAUAGAUCUUUAACCUCUUUGAAUGAGCCUGAUUUGACAAAUUUAAAAGAAAGUCAUCUCAAGAAAUGGCAAAAGAUAGAGGUAUUGUGGCAGAUAGGUACAACAGAUGGACCUGUUUUCAAAUGCCCUUGGACAUCAAGCAUGUAUUACAGUAUAACCAACUUCCAUCAGUGA